CAAUGAAAGUGUUAGUCCAUGGAAACAGGAAUUCCCCAAUAUUCUCUCUAUGAAAGUCAAAGUUCAUAAUAAAGCAAAAUAAAGUUGGAAAAAGUGUCAAAGAGAAUUCUCAGCAGAAGUUAACCAAGAAAAUUGCCCCAAAAGUUCCGUUUACUAAGCUCAAAUUGCAAAGAGCCUAAGAAGUUAAGGGUCAAAAAAACAGCAGAGGGACUUAAUCUAAGCGUGCAAGGAAUAGAGGCAAAAAAUCCUACUAAAUUAGAGAGAUAUUCUAGUCAGGUAAAGGAUGAUAAGGUAACUCACGAAUCCAAGACUCCAGAUCAGUCUCCAGCUGAAGCUCAGUUUAGAAAUGAUUUCAUUAUUAAUGCAUAUAAAUAAGGAGAAUAAUGAUCCUAAAGUUUACAAGAUCGAUACAGUUGACCCACUAUCAUCUGAUAGUUAUAACAGCUCUUUUAUUGAGGAGAUGUCUCCUAGCUACGACAAUGGAGAAGGUAUAAAAAUUCCUGAAACCGACAAUAGAACGAGAAAAACUCAAAAUUUAAAGAAAAAAUUAGUCUACAAGCACCUAAAUCAAGCUGAAUUUAUUAACCAAAUGUUCAGCGAAAGGGUCAAUUUUAAUAAAAAAUGAAAUGAAAAAUCUAAUACGAGUCUAAGUAAGAAGAAGAUAAGUAGGCUCAACUUUGAAGAAUCACCUAUUUCAAUGACAAAUAAAAACAAAAAGAAAAUAAAGGUGCAUGCAAAUAUUUCUCCUAUAAAUAUCGAACCCACGUCUGCUAGAAAAUGUGAUGAUAGAGAUAAGAAGAGUUUACGAAUAAAGACGAACCAGAUAUUUCCCAAUAAGAAAAGCAACUUAAACUUACAUAAUGCUUCUUAUACAGAUAAUACUGAUGAGGAGUUUACUCCUCAUCAGUCGCAUGAUUAUUCUUCUAAGAGCUUGAUCAAUCGGAAAACGAAACUUGAGAGAACUCCCCAGUCACAGUUCAGCUCUUACUCUCCAGAGAAAUCAGAUCUGGCAAGGUCGGUAAACUCGAUUCACAGAUUGAACCAUCUGAAGGAUUCUAUUUUCUCUAAAAGAAAUAGAAUGGCCGACCAUAGCUUCUUUACAGUCAGCAAGAGAAGAAAUAAGUUUAGCAACUAUUUGGUCUUCAACCCCUGGAAUGAGGGAAAACAAGACCAGAAAUCGAUGAGGCAAAAGCAGUUCUCCCUGCCGAGGAUUCAUCAGAAUAGCAUUCAGGCUGAGCCAAAUCUGUGACAAGAGCCUACCCCUAAAAUAACUAAUCUGAUAGAAAAGCAAGAGGAUAAUAAUACAGUCUCUAUUAAAAGAAUGGCUUGAAAAUCUAACAGCAUGCAACACUUUGAAUCAGUGAAGCAAAAAUGAAAGAAAUUUAUAACUUAAUUUUCACUUUAUGCAUCAAAAA